AUGAGUCUGCUGAGGCCCAGCGGGCUGAAGGCCCCCACCAAGAUCCUCAAGCAUGGGAGCUGGGCCCUGAAGGCACCCUCGGCCGCGGCUGCUCCCGUUGAGAAGACCGUGCCUGGGGAGAAAACCCCCAGCGCCCCCUCCUCGGAGAUGCAGGAGGAGUUUGUGGGCGACUUCCAGGUGGGGGAACGAGUCUGGGUGAACGGGAACAAGCCUGGAUUCAUCCAGUUCCUCGGGGAGACCCAGUUUGCCCCUGGUCAGUGGGCCGGGAUCGUCUUGGACGAGCCCAUCGGCAAGAACGACGGCUCGGUGGCGGGUGUGCGCUACUUCCAGUGCGAGCCGCUGAAGGGCAUCUUCACCCGGCCGUCCAAGCUGAGUAGGAGCUUGCAGGCCGACGAUGAGACCAACUGCCAGCAGCCAGCGCCUGCCGCCUGUGCCACACCGCCCCUGUCGGCCUCCCCUGCCCUUGCCGGCACCGCGAAGGUGCCCCAGUCCCCCGCGAAGGAGGCACCGGCCACCCCUCACAUCAGCAGCCUGACCAGGACGACCAGCGAGUCCAUCUCCAACCUCUCUGAGGCUGGCUCCCUCAAGAAAGGGGAGCGGGAGCUGAAGCUCGGGGACCAGGUGUUGGUGGGAGGCAUGGAGGCCGGUGUGGUGCGCUUCCUCGGGGAGACGGACUUCGCCAAGGGGGAUUGGUGCGGCGUAGAGCUGGACAAGCCACUGGGCAAGAACGAUGGUGCCGUGGCCGGAAGGAGGUACUUCCAGUGUCAGCCCAAGUAUGGCUUGUUUGCUCCCAUUCACAAAGUCACCAAGAUCGGCUUCCCGUCCACGACGCCGGCCCAGGGCAAGGUGGCCGCCGUGAGGCAUGUGAUGGCCACCACCCCCGCCAGCCUGAAGCGCAGCCCUUCGGCCUCCUCGUUCAGCUCCGUCAGCUCCGGGGCCUCAUUCGAGUGCAGCAGAUCCGGCCGCACGCGACUAUUGCCGGAAACCUCCUCCCGCUACGCCCACAAGAUCUCUGGCACCACCGCCCUCCAGGAGGCGCUGAAGGAGAAGCAGCAGCACAUUGAGAAGCUGCUGGCCGAGCGGGACCUAGAGCGGGCGGAGGUGGCCAAGGCCACGAGCCACAUGGGGGAGAUAGAGCAGGAGCUGGCCCGCCGGAACGGGCACGACCAGCACGUUCUGGAGCUGGAGGCCAAGAACAAUGAGCUGCGGGCCAUGCUGGAAGCGACCGACUGGGAGAAGGUGGAGCUGCUGAACCAGCUGGAGGAGGAGGUGAAGACCCUGCAGGUGGCCUCUGAGAAGCUCGCCAAGGAGAACGAGUGCCUGAGGGCCAAGCUGGACCAUGCCAACAAGGAGAACGCGGACGUGAUCGCCCUGAGGAAGUCCAAGCUGGAGACGGCCAUCGCCCCGCACCAACAGGCCAUGGGCGAGCCGAAGGCAUGCGUGAGCCAGGGCGUGGGCACCGAGGCGGCCGAGCUGGCCGAGCUCAAGAUGCAGAUCGAGAGGCUACAGUUCGAGUACCAGCAGGAGGUGGAGAGCCUGAAGGCCCAGCAGGCGGCUGAGCGUGCAGCACAAGCCUCCGAGCUACAGACGCUCAGGUCGCGGCUGUUCAGGACGGCCCAGGAGCAGAAGAACAGCCUGGAGGCCGCACGGGCCAAGCUUGAGCAGAUUGAGGACCAGCACCUGGUGGAGAUGGAGGACGCCCUGAACAAGCUGCAGGAGGCAGAGACGAAGGUAAAGCACCUGGACGGGUUGCGGGCCGUGUGUAGUCAGCAAGCCCAGGCCCUGGCCAAUGCCACGGCACAGCUGGAGGCCACCCAGCAGAAGCUCUUGCAGCUCGAUGGGCUCUGGAAGGCCAGUUCCGAAGGUCAAUUGGGAAUGGAGAAGCUCAGGCAGCAGCUCCAGGUGGCUGAGCAGCAGAUUCAGGAG